UCACAACGUUUACCCCUACCCGCAAAUGUUACCUCCCGACCCACUACACCCCAGGGCACACGUUUGGGCAUAGCCUCCUAUCAUCAUAACUCACAAAAUGGCAGCAAUACCAAUGGUUUUGCUUCUUCAAACUCUUCCUCCAAUUCCAUGCAAUCGGGAGCUGGAGCUGCUGCCGCUGGUAAUCUCACCCUACCCCAUAGACAUCAUGUACUUUCGAGUUCAACUCAUCAUAUACCCAUGCGCAUGAGUGCAGAUUUUGUGCAUCAAGAACAACAGCAUAGUCUGCCGCCCACGGCAGCAGGUGGUAAUGCUCAGAAGUUGUGGCAGGCACAACAGCCACAAGAAACCCAACAUGUACAAUUGAGAUCUCAUCAUAAUCGCGAGCGAGAACGUGAAUGCUAUAAUAUGACCAAUGAAAAUAACAAUAUAACCAAAUAUAAUCCCCAGGGUACGAAUUCACAAAAUAGUUCGGCCUCCGAGCAAUUGGCUCCCCUGUCGUUGGUGCCUUUAAGAGAAAAAGACUCGAAUUUGACAGUGAGUGGUAAGGAUUUGCCUACACCCACUUCAACGCCCACGGCCAGUAGAAAAUCACGCAGAAGAUCGAAUCUCUUUAUACCCUCCUCCUCGAAAAAGGGUGAGAAAGAAAUGAAAAAUGGUGAAUUGGGUAGCGGUCGCUCUAUACCCAUAAAACAGGGUUAUUUGUACAAAAGAUCUAGUAAAUCUUUAAAUAAAGAAUGGAAAAAGAAAUAUGUUACUUUGUGUGAUGAUGGUAGACUUACCUAUCAUCCUUCACUACAUGAUUAUAUGGAUGAUGUGCAUGGCAAAGAGAUACCUUUGCAAUAUGUUACUGUAAAGGUGCCGGGCCAGAAGCCUAGAGGUUCUAAGUCUAUAAUAACAAACAGUGCUUUGACCACUUCCAUGUUGUCCACCAAUAAUGCAUUCGAACCCCUUAAAGAGUCGGCGGUUAAAUCGAAUUCAUCCCAACAAACCAGCGGUGACGAAGGCAUAGCCAUGUCCAAUUCUAACUCUCAAACCUUUAUAGCGGGCGCUGGAGAGAACUCACAGCGUGAACUUUUAGCCGUUAAUGCUUCCAAUAAAUUGGAGGCUCAAACCCCUAAUGUUAAGAAACGUCAUAGACGCAUGAAGAGCAGUAGUGUUAAAUCCAAUGAAAUUGAUGAUUCAGAUGGUUAUGAAUUCUAUAUCGUGUCUUUGGACUCCAAACAGUGGCAUUUUGAGGCAGCCAAUUCGGAGGAACGAGAUGAAUGGGUGGCCGCCAUAGAACAGGAGAUUUUCAAGAGUCUUCAAACCAUAGAAAGUACCAAAAUGAAGCCGGCCACCACUAGUGAAUUGGCCUCGAUGGUGACGAUACGUACACGCGUACCGGGUAAUGGCUAUUGUGUCGAUUGUGAUGCACCAAAUCCCGAAUGGGCCAGUUUAAAUUUGGGCGUUUUAAUGUGCAUUGAAUGUUCGGGUAUUCAUCGUAAUUUAGGUUCUCACAUCUCUAAAGUACGCUCUUUGGGUCUAGACGAUUGGCCAGCCGGCCAUUUAAGUGUUAUGCUGGCCAUUGGCAAUAGUUUGGCUAAUUCUGUUUGGGAAGCAAAUACCCGCCAGCGUUCGAAACCCAAACCAAAUUCAUCUAGGGAAGAGAAAGAGUGCUGGAUUAGAAGUAAAUAUGAGGCCAAAGAAUUUUUACCUCAACAGAAUACAAAUACAAAUGCUACACCCGGUCAGCAGUUAAUUGAAGCUGUGAUUAGAUCUGAUAUGAAAUCUAUUGUUUUAAUCUUGGCUAAUGCCAAUGCUGAAGUUACCAAUGCCAAUGUUAGUCCUAGAGAUGUUAGGACUCCCCUACUAUUGGCCUGUGCCAUUGGCAAUUUAGCCAUAGCUCAACUUUUAAUAUGGAAUGGUGCCAACAUUAAACAUACCGAUCAUGAGGGACGCACUUGUUUGGCUUAUGCUCGUGCGGCUCAAUCUUUAGCCACCGCCAAGUCUUUGAAAGCCGCAGCAGCAGCAGCUGCUGCCACACAAAAUGCCAGCAGUACUAGUAAUACAAAUUCGAGUAUGGCUAGCAAUACUUCAUCGUCAUCAUCUUCGGUAUCGAAUGCCACAACAACCUCAACAAAUUCUCACUCAGCUAACAAUAGCAGCAGUACGGCUGCCAAUAGCUCCACCAGCAAUGGUGGUAUACCAGCACCACAUUACAGUGUAGAAGAAACAACUGCUUUAGUGGAACUUUUGACGGGUUUGGGUUGUCCCGAAUCGGCGCCUCUUACCGCAAGUGGUACUUUACCCAGACGUAGAGAUACUUUGGGUACACCUUAUGAAAAAACUGUUUCAGGGGUGAUAUAAAUAAAUCAAUAAUUUAAGCAUAUUUUUUUCUAAAAUCUAGAGAUAUUUUUCGAUAUAUACAUCUAGUAACUAGGAGACAAGUAGUUUUUUUUUUAAAUAUUUAAAUUAUAAAACAAACAAAAAACACGCUUAGCUUUUUCUAAAAAAAAAAACAAAACAAACAAAUCGGUAUAUUUUAGUUUUUAAAUUUUAAUUUUAAAAGAUUUUAAAGGCCUAAAACUUUAAACAAAAAACUAAAAACCUAAAACCUCAUAAAUUUUGUAAUUUAAAUUUUUACAAAUUUAAGGUUUUUGUAAAAAUUUUCAAUUUUGUUAACGGGUGUCAAAUUUGGGCUGUUAAUUAAUUUUAAAACUUUUCUUUAGCUUGCUGUAAAAUUUCGUUUUUAUUUUUUUGUUCCUUUUUUUUAAAACGUUUUGCUA